AUGUCCGGGGCAGCCAAAAGAGCCGCCUCGCCAACCAGAGCCAUCUCUCCGCCGCCGCUCAAAAGAAAAGUCGAGUCAACAGUCACAAAGCGCACUGUCGCCUCCUUUUUCACACCUGCAUCUCAGAAGAAGCCUGAGAAGAUCACAUGGAGGGUCGUCAACAACAGCCUUGUGAUCGGAAAGUAUACGACCAGUCCGGGUGAACAACCUGCACGAAGAGAGAAGGCCAAAGUGGCCGCCUUCGAUUUUGACUCCACCUUGGUUGUGACAGCCUCCGGCAACACCUUUCCCCGGGACUCUUCAGACUGGAAGUGGUUUUCUCCCAAUGUACCGACAAAACUCCAGGAGCUGAACGCGGAGGGGCAGGUAGCACGUCUCUUUCAUGGCGGCAAUCGAGCUAACCGCAACCGCAGGUACCACAUCGUGAUCAUGUCCAACCAGAAGAGGAUCAGCCUGCAGAAAGACCUGAAGGGCGGCCGAGCCGAUUCCAAGAGCUUGACUAAUUUCAAGGAAAGGGUGACGGGCGUGAUGCGCCAGAUAGACAUCCCCAUCAGCGUCUAUGCCGCUACGGCAGACGACGAGAACAGAAAACCGCGCACGGGAAUGUGGAGGGAGUUUGUGGAAGACUACGACCUCGACGUCUUUGGCGUCGACCUGUCGGCAUCAGUCUACGUGGGUGAUGCGGCCGGGCGUCCCCGAGAUCACUCCAAUGUAGACCGAGGCUUCGCGAUGAACGUCGGGAUCCCAUUCAAGACACCCGAAGAGUUCUUCCUGAAUCAGGCGGCCCAAGAUGUCCAGGAGCCAUUCAACCCGUCUUCAUACCUCAAGACUGACACCGAGGAGAACGUGCCUGUCCCUUUCGCCCGCCAAAGUCCCAGGGAGCUCGUCAUCUUCUGCGGCAGCCCUGGAGCCGGUAAAUCUACCUUUUACUGGAAUCACCUCGAGCCGCUGGGUUACGAGCGAGUCAACCAGGACAUCCUCAAGACGAGACAGAAAUGUAUCAAAGUCGCCAAAGAGUUUCUCGCAGCGGGUUCCUCCGUCGUCGUGGACAACACAAACGCAGACCCCAACACACGCGCCGAAUGGGUGCGCGUCGCAAACGAAUUCAACGUCCCCAUCCGAUGUGUCUACUUCACCAGUCCGCCGGAACUGUGCAAGCACAACAACGCCGUCCGCUCCGCGAAUCGAUCCUUGAACCCGGAAUCCCGCGCGCCACUCCCUGGCAUCGCAUUCGGCGAUUUUCUGAAACGCUUCAAAGAGCCCACCAUGGAGGAAGGUUUCAGUGAUAUCGUCCGCGUGGAUUUCCGGUUUCAGGGGGACGACGAAGCAAGACGGAUAUGGAGGCAGUACUGGAUUUGA